AUUUGACAGCUUAUUUGAUUAACUUGAUUUUAAGAAGUCUCUUGGAAUUCCAACUGAAUACAUUUAAGUGAUUAUAAUUUAAAUAGUUUAAGGUUUAGAAUUACUAUAUUACUAAAUUAAAUAUCACAUCUAAAUCUUACACUUGAACAAUUUACAUUGAAUCUAUCAAUAAAUAUGGCUUCGUAUAUAGAUAUGAGUUUAGAUGAUAUAAUACAAAAACAGAAGAGGGGAAUUUCUAGACCUAAAUCAAAAAUGAAGAAUCAAUCUAUACCUGUAAAACAAAACAUUUUUGAUGCAAGAAACAAAAUUAUAUCAAAGAAGAGAACUCAAAUCACUGAUGCAAGAGAAAAAUUAGCAGAGCUUGCACGACAGAAAGAUGCACGCCUAAGAUUAGAGCAAAUGAGAGCAAAACGAGCAGGAAAAUUACAAGGAGGAAGUUCAAUUACCCAAAAUCAUGGUAAAUUUAUAAAACUUAACACAAAACGGGAAAGAGUGUUCACAGAUCCUUCAAGACAUGUUGUUUCACAGCCGCUUGCAGCAAAAAAUAUUAGAAAGCAAACUGUUAAUAAUAAAAAGAAUAUCGGUGAUAGAUCUGUUGAAGCAAGAAGUUUUGCUAAAUCUUCACUAAAGCCAAUUAUUCGUACAGUUGAAAAUGAUCUAGAAAUUAUUGAUAAUUCCAUGGAGGAAGACUAUGAGCCAUUGAGAAAGUCAUUUUCUAAUCGUAAAGCAAGUUUACAACUCAAAAUUGUCACCCAUAACAAUGAAAUUCACAGAACUACUAUUGCUGAAAAAGAAAAAAGCCCACCAAGACCCCCAUCGAUUUUGAAAAAGAGACCUAUGGCUGCCUUACGAAUUGAAAAUAAAACAGAAAAGUUGGAUAAACCUUACGAAUAUAGAAUUAUUGUAAGUAACUUGCGCAGCACUGUGACAAGUGGAGAUAUCGACGAAUUAUUUGGUGAUGUUGGUGGUAUGAUAGAAUCGCGUUUGGUUAGACCAGGGACAGCAGAAAUAAUUUAUAAAAGUGUUGAAGAUGCCCAGAGGGCUGUGGAUCUCUAUCAUAAUAGGCAAUUGGAUGGACAGCCAAUGAAUUGUCUUCUUGUCACACCUCGUUCAACAUCUGCUGCCACUAGGAACAGUAACAAGCCUGCAUUGUACAGCACAAACUCAAAUGUGGAGCCCGACAUAUCAACAUUUCAUAAGGUGCUAUUUAGUAACUUUUAAUAAGUA